AUGGCGAUGUCUUCGGCUGAUUCUUGGGGCUCUUCUCCUGCCUCCCCUAUUGGGUUUGAGGGCUAUGAGAAGCGCCUCGAGAUAACGUUCUCUGAUGCACCUGUCUUUGAGGACCCUUGUGGUCGUGGCCUGCGUGCCCUCUCUCGUGAGCAGAUCGACUCGUUCCUGGAUCUUGCACGGUGCACCAUAGUGUCACAGCUCUCCAACAAGAACUUCGACUCAUACGUUCUGUCCGAGUCGAGCCUCUUUGUGUAUCCCCACAAGAUUGUCCUCAAGACCUGUGGAACGACAAAGCUGCUGCUCUCCAUUCCUCGCAUCCUUGAGCUUGCUGCAGGGCUGUCACUGCCUGUUCUUUCAGUGAAGUACUCUCGUGGGACUUUCAUCUUCCCUGGUGCGCAGCCAGCGCCGCACCGCAGCUUCUCAGAGGAGGUAUCUGUGCUGAACGGUUUCUUUUGUAACCUCAAGUCUGGUGGCAAUGCCUACGUUAUCGGUGACACGUUCAAACCCAACAAGAAGUGGCAUGUCUACUAUGCCACAGAGGAGCCUGAGCAUCCCAUGGUGACACUUGAGAUGUGCAUGACAGGGCUGGAUGCUAAGAAAGCUGCAGUGUUCUUCAAGAACUCUGCUGAUGGCAGCUGCACAUCAGCUAAAGAGAUGACAAAGCUCUCAGGGAUUUCUGAGAUCAUCCCUGAGAUGGAGAUCUGUGACUUUGAGUUCGACCCCUGUGGGUACUCGAUGAAUGGCAUCUUCGGACCUGCUGCCUCCACCAUCCAUGUGACACCUGAGGAAGGUUUCAGCUAUGCAAGCUAUGAAGCGAUGAACUUCAACCCUAGCUCCCUAGUUUACAGUGAUGUGAUCAAGAGGGUCCUGGCAGGCUUCUCUCCUUCGGAGUUCUCAGUUGCCGUUACCAUCUUUGGUGGCUGUGGGUUUGCCAAAUCAUGGGCAAAGGGUGCAGAUGUCGAUUCCUACAUGUGCGAUGAUCUUGUGGAGCAAGAGCUUCCUGGUGGCGGUCUGCUGAUGUACCAGAGCUUUAUUGCUGUUGCAUCUGGCACCGUGUCACCGAGGUCGACCUUGGAGAUGGAUGGCUGGAGCAGUGAUGGCAUGGAGACGGCUGCGAAGAGCGAUGAGAUGUGUAUUGGCUGCUGGGAUGUAGCGAAGAAGGUGGUGAAGAAAGAUGUGGACGCCUGA